UUCCGGUUAGUAGCAUUCUCUCGAGGAUUCGAACGUGUGUGUUAAAGAUAGGUGAAAUAUAUUUGUGAACUUAUUUGCCUGUGACCAAAAUCAAUACCAUGGAUAAAAUCUGUCGCAGUCAGUUGCCGGAUUCAUCAUCAUCUCCUCCGCUAAGUGGGCUAAAUUUCCAUAGCUUCGAUGAGGAUCUAAUCUCGGAUUUACCGUCGUGUGUUUAUGCUAAUCAUCAACUGGGGGCAGCCACGGCGACAAAUCCCGGUUCGGCGAAUCUCCGACUGAACACUAACAGCCUCAGACAGAUUCAGCAUCAAUAUUUGCAUCACACGGAUUGCCUAGAGUCACCAAGCUCAGCCAGUCAAUCGUUGUCUAAUGCCAUAAACCACCCCUAUAGUGCGGCCCCAUAUAAAAUCCAACGACAGCAGACUAACGUUAGAGAGCGCAAACGAGUCAUGAGAUCUGCUCCCAACGGUAUUAACUCAGCGUUCGACGAACUUCGCGUGCACGUGCCCACCUUCCCGUACGAAAAACGUUUGAGCAAAAUCGACACCCUACGGUUGGCCAUCGCAUACAUUGCAUUGCUGAGGGAAGUACUGGAAGCAGACUACGACCCGCUUACCUACGUCGAGAAGUGUCUGCGCGGGGAGAUCAAAGCCGACCGAGCCAGCUGGAACACUAGUGAUUUGACGGCUCGGCUGUCGUGGAUCAACUGGGAGAAUCUCGGAGUGCAUCCCGGUCGGCGCACCAUACUGACGUCCCUUGCCCUUGGAUCAUCCGAAAGUCUGGGAUGUGGACCUCCACCACAUCUUAUCUAAACUAAAUUAUGUACAUGUGCAAUCGUAUAUCUAGCUUGCCGAUAAAAUAAUACAUACUAGUCUGACUGUAACAUUUAAAUCGAUAUUAGUUUUGUCUUCCUAUAAAUGUUAUAGGUAUUUGAACUAUUCUAGCCAUUAUUACUAUUCAGUUGUGAUAUUAGAUUGAUACAAGGAGUGUACUCAUUAAGUUGUUUUUGUUCAAUAAACUCUUAGGCCAUCUUAAUAAAGCUGCAUACAAGACUAAAUUUAUCCGAAUCAAAUUUCAUUUAUGAAAGAAAUACUGAAAUUCGUUU